AUGGCGACAGCAGCGGAGUCAAAUUUAUGUUCAGUGUGUACUAAGCCUUUGGGUAAAUACUUUUGCACUGGAUGUAAAAAAUAUUUUUGUCCAAAAGAUUUCAAAGAACAUGAACAACAAUUGUCAAUCAAAUUUGAUAAUGAAGUCGUGAGAUCUCAUGAUGAACUUCUUGUUCAAAUACAAAAAUUAGAAAAAGCAAAUCAUUUUUCAUCGGAUCUUUUCAUUCAAAUUGAACAAUGGAAAAAAACAACAAUCAAUAAAGUAGAAAAAGCAGCAGAAAGAGCUCGUCAUGAACUCGGUGAAUUAAUCGAUAAACAAAGAAUGACAAUAACAAAACAACUAGAACCAAUAGCAAAAGAAAUUCGUAGUCGCCGAGAAGAAGAGUGUUUUGUUGAAAAUGAUAUUGAUCGACUCAGAAAAAAAAUCGGUGACAUUCAACGAACAGUUGAACAGUUGAAUCGAAAAGAUACGACUAAAUCUAUCAUUUUUGACAAUGAUCAAAUCGAUUGGAAUCGAAUCAUUUAUAUCCGAGACGAACAACAAUAUAGUGACAACACUUUUGGCUCAAUCCACGGUUCUCUUAAUCUCAGCGACAACAAACGCGUCGUCACAAAGACCGGAAACGACGAACAUGCAACAUGUCGAUGUACGAGUCUUUUCGAUUGUGGCACUCACACACUUCGAUUCGCGCUUGAACAGCAUGGUGCAUCUCUGUUUUUCUUUUUUGGUGUCCUGUCCUCAACGGCUCCUCAGACAGCACCGUAUCAAACCGCCAAAUCAGUGUAUGGGUGGCAAGUGUGGACGCAAAAUGGAGUGGUGUUAGAUGGUUCAACUCAAAAGGGUUUCGGUGGUUAUACUUGCAAGUAUCAAAAAGGCGAUAUUAUCAGCUGUGUGAUCGAUUGUGACAAACGCAAGAUUCGACACACGAACGAGCGAACGAAAAAUACAUUUGAACUCGAUGUGGAUGUGGGCAAAUGUGCGUUGCCCUGGCAGUUACUUUUUGAGUUAUACUACCCUAAUGACUGUGUUCGUCUCUUGUAA